AUGAACAUUAACCUCUGUAGUCAUACAGAUGGUGGCCUUCCAGGAGUUGACAGCUCUCUUCUCCAAAUCAAGGCUCUUCUGGAGGACUUGGCAAAGCCCCCGUGUACUGAAUGUCCAAUCACUGAAAAGAAAAGAAAAUCCUCAUUCAACCUAAAACCUUACUUGAGUUACACUGCCAAACAAAAACUUGCUUUGGCAAUCAAUACGGAGAGUCGAGAAUCCAGAUUUGGUUUCAGAAUUGAUGAACACUACUCCCUCAUCAAAGCAUUUACGAAGAACCCUUCUGGGACUGAUUCCAGAGAGCAACUUGCAAAAGAAAUUGAGGUUCCAGAACCAAGAAUCUAAAUUUGGUUUCAAAACAGAAGACUGUCGGCACCAGCCAAUGGGCAAGGCAGCAGCCUGAAUGAACCAGAAGACGCUUCAUCUUCCAAAAAGAAAGACAACUACUUCAGAAACCAGGGACUACAGAACUUUGCCAUUUUUAUUGUGAAACCAGAAGGACUUCUCCCAGAUCAUCUUACACUCCACGAUGCUAACAGCUGUGUUACCACAGUAGAGGCAGUUCAUAAUCUUGGAGCAAAAAUCAGGAAAGAAGUCAGGUUUGGAGAUGCUGACUUGGUGGUUGUGGCAGCCAUGGGAAUGAAUGUAUCAGACAAACUUCCUACUGCCGGGAAAGUGACGGGUGCCCAGCACAGGUCAACCGUUUGGCCUGUUCUGUAUGCACAGCGGAGAGGGUAUGAGCAGGGCAGGAAGAACAGUUCUCGCGGCCGCCAACUCCACCCGGACAAGAAAGGACCUUUAAGGAGGUUCAAAUGCUGGGCGCGAGAUUUUUGCAGAGGCCGGGCUUCUCCAUGCGCCGUACGUAGCCGCCGUAGGGUCUACGUCACGUGCACGACGUGA